GUUUUCUGCUUUGGCCUGCACAAUUUACUGAGAACAGAUAUCGAAAAUUAAUUGGGAUGUGACAAAAUAGUAUACUCGUACAUAAUUAGUACAAGUAUAACUGUACUUAUUCCUGUUCGCAUAAUAUUGCAUAAGCAGAAAAAGCGCUAGAAAGUUCGAUCAAAAGGUUGCUUUGCUUCAAUACGGAUCAUUCUAACUGCAGAGACAUGAUUGAACAUCCGUGAACUAAAAGGAGUCUCUCAUCACAUCCGGGUGUUGUAGUGAUAUUUAAUUAUUGUUUGUUCGUUGCUCGUUGGUGUUUGAUCAUUCUAGCAUUUCGUGCCACGAGAAUAGUAACAGCAGCAACAUCUACCUCCUCCUAAAUCUUAGAAGGGAUGGCGUUAUCGACCCGGUGUUAAUUUAUUAAUCUACGUACAGUUCAUCUAUUUAACAUUUAAUUUUUAGUUUGUCAGUUCCAUUUUAAUUUUAUACAGGCGCUCCUUUAUCCGGUGUUAAUUUAUUAAUUAAGUUGCUUAUUUGUUUCUAAUUUUAUAUCGGCCAUCUGCAGUUUAUACUUAUCCAUUUUUUACUAUUAAUUUAAAAUUGGAUGGUGAACUACUUCUAUUUUAUAUCGAUGGGGAAUAUGGAGAACUCUGAUGUUGUUGUGGAAUGUGGUCGAGAGGAUGAAGCGCGUGAUUGUGGCACAACAGUAGCAGAUGCAGAAAACCAAGUGACCUUGGAUUUUUCAAACGCAGGCAGACGGAACGAAAAUGUUCCCUUCGGCCAUGUCCACCACACCGCAGCUGCAGUCAGUUCCUCUGGUCCUGAUACUUUUCUUGAUCCCUGCAGCGUCGAUUCAGGCCAACCGGCGCUUUUCCGUUCCUCUUCAUCGUCCGUCGACCAGCUGACGCCGACCAGUCUGGAUGUGCGUGACUACGAGGCGAUGGCGGCCUAUCUGGAGAAGCGACUGCUGGACCGGGAGCAGCUGCUGCACGGGACGGGGCAGGACAUGGAGGCGCUGCGUGCAGAGUACAGGCAGACGCUGACCGAAAAGAACGAGACGCUGCAGAAAAUGGCGCGGGCGCAGAGUGGCUUAUUGAGUCAAUUUGGACAUCUGCAAACCCAGUACGAAGGGUACCAGGAGUAUGCGGAGUCUACGUUAGCGUUUAUGCGGAUGAAAUACCAAGAGCUGGAAGCUGAGAAAUGCGCAUCGGAAAUGUCCUUGCACUCCCGCAUCGCCGCCCUCGAAGCGGAACUCUCCUCCUUGCAGGGUACUCACUGCGAACUUAAGACCCAGUCCGAGCAACUGACAAAGAGUACCCAGGAUGAAGCUGCUUUUGUUCUGCGGCGGAAACUGAAGGAAACGGAAUCUCUGCUGAUGACAGCGCUGCAAUGCGAUACAUCUGACGAUGAACCGAGUGUCGUUGAAGAAUCAGGGGAUAUUCUGCAGGACGGCAUUAAUGUGCGAAAAGUCGUCGUGAGGUUGGUGCGCGCACUGAAGGAGAUCAAGGCGCUGCGGAAGAUCAAUGGUGCGCGGAAGGAUGAGAUUAGCGAGUUCAAUAGGGAGAUUGCCGAAUUCCGCGAAGAGCUGGAAAGCAGCACCAUCGAACGCGACAAAGUGUUUUGUACCGACGUUGUGAAUGGCUCCGCCCUGCAGCGGGAGAACUUCGCCGUUGUGAAAGGUCUUGGAGGAGAUGAAGUACUUCAGUGUGGCGAAGAAAGCGACGGCUCUACCCCAAAGGGAGUCAAACGGAGACGCGAAGACCUGUUCGCAACAACCGAUAAGCGCCAGAAGAGCGAACCAGGCACCAUCAGUCCCUCAACUUCAUCGGUGCCGGAAGCACUACCGCCGUUCCUUCAUGAUGUCGACGCAGUCCGCUUCUUGCCGGUGGAAAUCAUGACCGAGGUUUUCCAGUACCUGCACGUCGUUGACCGGUGCCGGGUACGGGCGGUAUGUGCCGGCUGGAACGCCAUUCAGCAGUCGGCCGCCGCGAGUAGCCUGCAGCAGAUUCAGUUUCAUUGCAAGGGUGAUUUCAGUCGCGCACUCUCGGCGUCCAUAGGCUGUGCGCGUGCCGUUGAUGUCCCUGCACAGCGUUGUUGGAGCCGUCGCACUGUUGCCGUUGUUGGCCAGAAUGCCAAACGGUCAGCGCAGCGGUGGCCGCUGUGUGGUGCUCGUUUCCUCCGGGAGAUCAUGCAAGGCGGGGCAGAGGAGAAGAAACUGGAGAAUCUUGCGCUAAAGGAUAUUAGCUGCCGCUUUUUGGCUGGUCACAGCUUCCCUGCGCCCGAUUACAUUGCUGCGCUCCACAAGGGGUUCGACACGCUGGCGGCAGUGUGUCGGACACUGACCGUUAAGAAUUUUACGUGCACAAUUGACUCGUCAUGGAAGGAUGGCCUCGUGCCGAUAACGAUCCACAUCCCCUUCGGACGGAUGCGCCACGAUCGGCGCCUGUCUGUCGCUGACUGGUGGGGCAUGAUCGAGCAACGCUGUCCGCUGCUGGAUGACCAUCAGACGAAUCUUGUGUCAAAUGCGCUGAAGGAAUACAAACAGAAUCCCGGCUUAGCUGACCAACUGGAACUGAUUCGACGUGGACGGCAGCAUAACGACCCUCGAAAGGGUUGCACUUACCUAAAUUCCUUCGAUUCACCAAAUGCUCCGCUUGCCUCCGUCGACGUGAAUCGUCUGACCCGAAUGACGCAAUAUUUGAUGUAUUGUGAGAUCACCAACGUGGCAGUCAAUGCUGAACUGAGCUGGCCCACGUAUUCCUAAUCCUGUGCCCACGCGUGCCUAAUCCUGUACUGCGCGUAAUCUUCUUAGCUUGUCCACUAUUGGUUACACCUUCUUAUUAGGCGAAAUUUCCGCUGGAAUGAGCCGCUGGAGGAAUGACGUUUCAGGACUAAUUAGCAGAGGAUGGCUGACCGUAUUUGUCUAAGUUGUAUAAGCUACAGUGUAUUUUAUGUGGUUUUCAACCGGUUUUGUUUGCUGGUGAAUAAUGAGCAUUUAUUCAAGUAAGCAAGUUUUUUCUAUUUCAACAUGCCUUAGCUUUUCUAAUGAUGAAAGAUCCAGUAUUAUAAAUAAAAAUAU